AUGGGUGAUGGGCGUUGGGUGAUGGGUGAUGGGCGAUGGGUGAUGGGUGAUGGGCGAUGGGUGAUGGGUGAUGGGCGUUGGGUGAUGGGUGAUGGGCGUUGGGUGAUGGGUGAUGGGCGAUGGGUGAUGGGUGAUGGGCGAUGGGUGAUGGGUGAUGGGCGUUGGGUGAUGGGUGAUGGGCGUUGGGUGAUGGGUGAUGGGCGAUGGGUGAUGGGUGAUGGGCGAUGGGUGAUGGGUGAUGGGCGAUGGGUGAUGGGUGAUGGGCGUUGGGUGAUGGGUGAUGGGCGUUGGGUGAUGGGUGAUGGGCGUUGGGUGAUGGGUGAUGGGCGUUGGGUGAUGGGUGAUGGGCGUUGGGUGAUGGGUGAUGGGCGUUGGGUGAUGGGUGAUGGGCGAUGGGUGAUGGGUGAUGGGCGAUGGGUGAUGGGUGAUGGGCGUUGGGUGAUGGGUGAUGGGCGUUGGGUGAUGGGUGAUGGGCGAUGGGUGAUGGGUGAUGGGCGUUGGGUGAUGGGUGAUGGGCGUUGGGUGAUGGGUGAUGGGCGAUGGGUGAUGGGUGAUAGGCGAUGGGUGAUGGGUGAUGGGCGUUGGGUGAUGGGUGAUGGGCGUUGGGUGAUGGGUGAUGGGCGAUGGGUGAUGGGUGAUGGGCGAUGGGUGAUGGGUGAUGGGCGUUGGGUGAUGGGUGAUGGGCGUUGGGUGAUGGGUGAUGGGCGAUGGGUGAUGGGUGAUGGGCGAUGGGUGAUGGGUGAUGGGCGUUGGGUGAUGGGUGAUGGGCGUUGGGUGAUGGGUGAUGGGCGAUGGGUGAUGGGUGAUGGGCGAUGGGUGAUGGGUGAUGGGCGUUGGGUGAUGGGUGAUGGGCGUUGGGUGAUGGGUGAUGGGCGAUGGGUGAUGGGUGAUGGGCGAUGGGUGAUGGGUGAUGGGCGUUGGGUGAUGGGUGAUGGGCGUUGGGUGAUGGGUGAUGGGCGAUGGGUGAUGGGUGAUGGGCGAUGGGUGAUGGGUGAUGGGCGUUGGGUGAUGGGUGAUGGGCGUUGGGUGAUGGGUGAUGGGCGAUGGGUGAUGGGUGAUGGGCGAUGGGUGAUGGGUGAUGGGCGAUGGGUGAUGGGUGAUGGGCGUUGGGUGAUGGGUGAUGGGCGAUGGGUGAUGGGUGAUGGGCGUUGGGUGAUGGGUGAUGGGCGAUGGGUGAUGGGUGAUGGGCGUUGGGUGAUGGGUGAUGGCGUGGGUGAUGGGUGA